GGAAGAUGGUGAAAAAGUCUGCCCCUGCAACCAACUCUGUAGGACCAGCAGCACCAACACAGUGAGUGGUCCAGGAGGCCAGGGUCCAGGAGACCAGGGUUCAGGGGGUCAGAACCAGGGCCAGCCUUCUCCCAACCCCCCUCAACAGGGCCGGAAGGGCACGUUCACAGACGACCUGCACAAGCUGGUUGACAACUGGGCCCGCGACGCCAUCAGUCUGUCCCAGGGCAAGAGUCGCUCCAAACAGCAACCCUCACAGGGACACAGCUACCAGGCGACCCCGUCCACCAACAAGGGCCGUAAGUUCUCCGCCCCGAGUCAGCUGUGCCCCAGCAACGCCUCUUCCACCCCGCUACCCCUCUGGGAGGCCGCAAGGGCUCCUUGUGUCCCCUCCCCAGUACGGCGGGGUCGGGGCAUGCUACCCCUCCUCCACUGCACCUUACAGCAGCGCCCAGUGGGUGGGAUCCACGGGGUCCACAGGGCCGGGACAGGGUCAGGCCGUACCCCUCCUCUGCCACUGGGGGCAGGGCUCCUGCAGGGCUUCCAUCACAUCAGCACUUUGCAGAAAUCCGUCAGCAACCCUGGAGGCCCCAACCUGAGGACCACGUAG